AUGGUUCCUUCCACCACCAGUCCACUUCUUACUCUACUUAAGUACACACCGUGGCUGGCCUGCGAGUGCUUCCCGCUUCUUCAGGCUCAAAGAAUGAUCCUUGCAAAACCGCUCCCCACCGGGCGCGGUCGGGGCGCGACCGCGCCGGUCGCAGAGGCGCCCGAGCCAAAGCAGCUGGAGCCGAUCGUGCGAAUCCGCCAUGCGUCUGGAACCAAUCAAAUGGGUUGGUACCUUGACGCCCAGCGGUCUGAGAAGAGUGAUCAGCUCAGCCAAACUUUGACCCGUGUCAGUGCCCAUCGCCCGGACCUGGCUGCUGGCGACUGGUGCUUGGAGCCGGGCUCAUUGGACGGGCAGUUUCGUGUGCGCUUGGCCUCCCAACGGUUCAGCCAACCCUGCGGUUGGUAUUUGGAGGUGGACCCCGUCCCCGUGGGCCCUGCCGAUUAUCGCGUGGUGGUGUCGAAACGAGCGAAGCCGGCGAAGCGGGAGGAGGCCGAAGCGCAAGCGCCUGGGGAAUGGUUCAUCGAGCUGGCAGAGCUGAAAAAUGGUGCCUCCCCACUGUACAGGCUUCGUGCAGCGAGUGGUGCGGUGCGUGGUUGGAGUUUGUAUCUACGUCGGAGUUUAUAUUUGGCGGAGGCGCCGGAAGAUGGUGAGGAGCUGCCCGAGUCGGUGUUUCGAACGGCGGACUCCAGGUAUGUCACGGUGCAUCCCAGCCAAGAAAGCCUGUGGCUUUUAGAAGUGCAGCCACAGCUGACUUGGCCCAGCACCGCUUCUCCCGGAACAGCCGCAUCUGCCCUUCCCAAAUCUGCACGCAGCACGCAGGGCUCGCACCGGAACAGCCGCACCUACGAGGUGGUGCUGCGGAACUUCUCGGGGAAACGCUUGACGCUGCAGGGCGACGGCCCCCGUGCGCUGCGCCGGACGUAUGGGCAGAUGUUGAAGCUCCAGCAGGAGCUGGCUGAAGAGGAGGUGAAGGGGGCUGAGGUCCAAAGAAAGGCCGUGGAGAUGGGGUGUAUGGAUGAGGAGCCUCGAUCUCCACAGAUCCAGGUGCGCUUCGGGUGGGCGCCGAAGACCGGCGACCUCCUGGAGUUUACAGCGACCUAUUUGGUGCCAGACACCCAGCUGGGCCUCUCCAUCCACGCGCAUGCCAACUCGGCCUCGUCGAUGCAAAGCUUUGUGAAGGUGCAUGGGGAGUUGGAUUUGGAGGCCGAGUCGGUCAUGGAAGAGGUCCCCCGCGCGCGUGUCGCGCCGCCCAGCGCCUACCUGCACGGCCCUGCGCUCGCGGUCUAUGCGAGGCCCAAUGCGAGUGAGGCGCUUGGCCGUCUCUCAGUGGGCGAUGAGGUGAUGUGUGGCGGGCGCCAAGGGCGUUGGAGGAAGAUCACGUACCCCCUGGAAGGUUGGGUUCAGGCUGAAACCCGCGAUGGACGAGCGAUUCUCCAGCCGCUCUUCGGCCUGCGACCUCACUUGCGUCAGGUCGUCACCCUCCGGCGUCGCCUCCAGGACCAGCGGCGGCCUCCGGUCUGCCUGGAGCUGUUGGAGCCCAGCCGAGAGGGGGAGAAAGCCUACUUCCGCGCGCGCGCGGGCGAAGCCGCACGGCUCCUGCGGGAGUUGGCGUGGCUCGAAGGUCGAGGCCCGGACGACGGGCGCCGUGUGGCAGCCAGUGUGAAGGUGGAGAUGUGCGGGAAGCCCCGGCAAACAGUGCUGGGGAUCUUCUAG